UCUUCUGUCCAGAAAACCCUGACGCCCGUCCCGUGGGUCAGAGGGCUGCACAUGUCGGCUGUGAAAGUUCUGGAGCGUCCGUCCCCCGACCUCACGGUGACGGGGAGUUUUGGCAGGUUCAUCAGCGAAGUGAGGCCCGUCCACCUGUCCCCCGUCGUCCUGGAGCGCAGUAAGAGGAUGGUCCUGGACAGUAUCGGAGUGGGACUCAUCGGGACGACCACGGACGUGUUUGAGCUCGUCCUGCGGCACUGUCAGCACCUGUACGGCCCAGACGGACUCAGCUCUGUGUACGGACGGCGGGGCAUCAGACUUUCCCCGACACUGGCUGCCUUUGUGAACGGAGUGGCUACUCAUUCCAUGGACUUUGAUGACACAUGGCACCCCGCCACGCACCCCUCCGGAGCCGUCCUGCCCGCUGUGCUGGCGCUCAGUGACACGACGCCGGACAAGCACAAACCCAGCGGCCUGGACCUCCUGCUGGCCUUCAACGUGGGCAUCGAGGUCCAAGGACGGCUCAUGAGGUUCUCUAACGAGGCCCACAACAUUCCCAAAAGGUUCCACCCUCCCAGCGUCGUGGGGACCAUGGGCAGCGCGGCGGCCUGUGCCCGUCUUCUGUCUUUAGACGCCUCUCGUUGCAGUCACGCCUUGGCCAUAGCGGCCUCUCUGUCUGGGGCCCCCAUGGCCAACGCCGCCACCCAGUCCAAACCGCUUCAUAUCGGCAAUGCGGCGCGUUUGGGCCUGGAGGCGGCUCUGCUGGCCUCUAGGGGCCUGGAGGCGAGUGCGUUUGUUUUGGAUGACACUCCGGGCGUGGCAGGAUUCAGUGCCUUUUAUGAAGAUUACGCUCCACAGGCUUUGGAGACGCCGACGGAAAAUGUCCAGUUCCUGUUGGAGGUUCAGGACAUGGGGUUCAAACGAUUCCCGGCUCAUCUGGGGAUGCACUGGGUGGCAGACGCGGCCGCCUCCAUCAACAAGCUCAUGGUCGGGGCCGGUGUCGCCGCGGUGCUGCCGGAACAAGUGGAGGAAAUCCUGAUCCGAGUCCCGAAAUCCAAAUACAUUAACAGACCGUUCCCUGAAUCGGAGCACGAGGCGCGUCACUCUUUCCAGUUCAACGCCUGCACUGCCCUCCUGGACGGGGAAGUGACCGUCCAGUCCUUUACCCCCGCCGCCAUCGCGCGCCCGGACCUGCACGCUCUACUGAACCGCGUCAGGGUGGAGCAUCCCCACGACAACCCGGCCAAUUUCAACCGGAUGUACGGAGAGCUGCGGGUGACGCUCAGCGGGGGGGACGUCCUGACCGGCCGCUGUGACACGUUCUACGGCCACUGGAGGAACCCCCUGACCGACCAAAGUCUGAGGAAGAAGUUCAGGAACAACGCCGCGACGGUCCUGCCCCCAGAACAGGUGGAGGAGCUCAUCCAGGUGAUAGAGAACCUGGACCAGAUGGAGGACAGCGCCCCCCUCCUGUCAAAACUGCAAUAA